AUGUUAGACCAAGCUUUGUGGGCAUGUCGAACGUCACCAAAAGAAGCAACUGGAACAACUCCAUUUCGACUGGUAUAUGGGCAUGACGCAGUGUUGCCAGUAGAGAUUCAAGUCCAGGCAGUUAGAACCCAAAGGAAGUAUGAAAUACCUUCUGAAGACUACUGGAGUAUGAUGACAGACGAACUGGUCGACGUAGAUGAAGAGAGAAUGUUAGCUUUGGAUUCCCUACAAAGGCAGAAAGAAAAAGUCACCAGAGCCUACAAUAAAAAGGUGAAAGGUAAAGUGUUUGCUGUCGACGAUCUAGUUUGGAGAGUGAUUUUACCUAUGGACAGAAAUGAUAGAAGUUUAGGUAAAUGGUCCCCUAAUUGGGAAGGACCAUUUAAGGUUUUGCAGGCUUUUUCUAAUAACGCCUACGAGGUCGAGAAGUUGGCACCAGAUAGGCGAAUCCUAAGAGUGAAUGGAAAGUACUUGAAAAAAUAUAGGCCUCUCCUUCAAGAAGUCAAAAUUGUGACAGACUAA